AAUAUUGUUUGAAAGCUUUUUAUUCUUCAUCUGCUUUAACAAAUGAAAACAAUAAUGAAGUACAGUACAAUAAUUCUAUUCUUAUUUUGCUUAAGUACUAAUGCAUGUCCUAGAAAAGAGGACUUGUAUCCUUGUACUUGUGAUUGGCAGACAUCAGGGAAUAGUGCUUCCGUCACUUGCGUCAAGCUAGAAAACGAUCAGGAUUUACUAAGAUCCGCCAAAUCAUUAAUUGGUAAGAGUUACGUCAAUUCCAUUGUCAUUCAAGAUUCGGCAUUUAAUUACAUAGCUUCAGAUACCUUUAAAGGACUAAAGUUCGCAGAGUUGGAAAUUAGAGAUUCAACUCUAAUGGCUUUAACAGAUUCAGAUGUUGCUUUUAAAGGCUUGGAAGAACACCUAGAGACUUUAAAAAUGGAUAAAUGCGUGCUUUUAAGCCAAUGGGACUGGUCUAUAUUUCGAAAUUUGAAAAAAUUAAAUACGCUUGAAAUCAAACAUGGUGCUCUUGAAAGCAUUGAAGAUCUGGGAAAGAUAAAUUUGUCAAAUUUGAAGAGACUAAGUUUUCCUGGAAAUAGAAUUGAUUUCAUACAUGAUGAUGCUUUUUCAGACAACAAAAAAUUGGUGCAUGUUUUUCUUAAUGAUAACAAUAUCUCUACACUGAAGAGAACAAUGUUUCCUAAUCCUGCAUCGGAGCUUCAGGAAAUAAAUUUAAAUUAUAACGAGAUUGGACAGCUACCAGAUGAUAUAUUCAGUAAUAUGCCAAAAUUGAAAAAUCUUAGUGUUGGAGGAAAUAAAAUAUUGGUUCUUAACGAGAAAGUCUUUUCACUUGUAUGGAGACAAUUGGAUAACUUUGAAGCAUUUGAAAAUGAGCUUAGAUGUGACUGCAGAAUGACUUGGAUUUUGCAAUUAAAACAGCCAAAUACUCUUCGAGCUACAUGUGCUAAUCCUCAAGUCUUAAAGGGAAAGAGCGUAUCGUCCCUUACAUCAAAAGAUUUGUGGUGCAUUUAUUAGAUACUAAGACAACUCGCUACGUCCGUCUACCCCUACGAAUGCUAUACAACCAUUAUUGGUUUUUGACUCUAAACAGCUUAAUACAUCAAAAGGAAAAAUUAAAUAAACUGAUAAAACUUUUUUUACUGUAUUAACACACUUAUUUGGACUCGUAUGUUGUGUACCCAAUUCUAUUAAGAUAAAAUUGAAUCCCAAUUAUUUCGCUAAGUAAUCUCUAGCUACAAGCUUGUUUUUUUAAAAUUCAUUUCUAUUUUUGAUUACUGUAAAUACUUGUUAAAUGUUUCUGUCAAAUAGAUAAAUUAAUUUCUAAUAUUGCUUACAGUUUUAAAUAGUUACUUCAUAUUGAUUCAAUUUCCAUUCAUAACAUCAAUAUUGUAAUAAUAUUUUAUAUAUGGACAUCAAGACAUAUUAUAAGAAUAUUUCAAUUGUGGAAAUCAAUAUUAUAAAAAAAUGUUUAUGAUAGGAUCAAUUUGGAUAUCAAUAUUUAUAAAAGGAAAUAAUUCUACAGCAUGCACUAAUUUUUCUAAUGAGUCUUAGUUCAUGAAAAAUAUUUUUGACACUUCUUAUUUUCAUAUAAAACUGUUUCUAGCGUAGCCAGUUGCUUAUUGUUCAUGAUAUUUUUUGAUGGUUUCGAUUUUAUGUUGUGAUGGCUUUUAUUAUGUAGUUAUUUUUGUUUGUUUUAAUGUAUUAUUUGGCAGUUCACAGCUAUAUUUAAAGUUUUCGUGGUGUGUAUGUAAAC